UUAUCAAUGGAAAGAGAACAAGAAGAGUCUACGAUGCGAAAGAGAAGGCAGCCACCUCAAGAAGCAAUGGCUAGCCACGUGGCUACAAGGAAGCCGUACAGAGGGAUACGGAGGAGGAAGUGGGGCAAGUGGGUGGCUGAGAUUCGUGAGCCUAACAAACGUUCACGUCUUUGGCUCGGCUCAUACACAACCGAUGUUGCCGCCGCUAGAGCUUACGACGUCGCGGUGUUCUACCUCCGUGGCCCCACCGCGCGCCUUAACUUCCCCGAUCUUCUCUUACAAGAGGAGGACCACCGAUUGGCAGCCGCCACCGCGGACAUGCCCGCAGCUCUUAUACGGGAAAAGGCGGCGGAAGUCGGCGCUAGAGUCGACGCUCUCCUUGCUUCCGCCGCUCCUUCGACGGCUGACUCCUCUCCGCCGGUAAUAAAACCCGAUUUGAAUCAACUACCCGAAUCCGGAGAUAUAUAGUCAAAUUUUACACAUGUAGUUUGUUUUGUUUGUUUAGAAGAUUACAUUUACAUAAAAGAUACACAUAAAUACAUGAAAAUAAAGAUAUGUAUACAUGAUUCUGAUUAGGUUUUUGUUUUUCGAUAAAAACUUUAUUAGUUG